AUGAUCGAUUUAAUGGAAAAAAAUAAAGACUUUGCAUGUGCAACUGCUAACGGCAGAGAACAUUUCCGAAAAUUAUGGAAAGAGCUGACCACUAAACUGAAUACUUUAGGGUACAGAGAACGGCCUGUUGAGAAGUGGCAAAAGUCUUGGGCGGAUUAUGAAUCCAAUUUAAAAAAAAAGGCAAGUCAGCUCAAGAAAUGGCAAGGUCAAACUGGGGGUGGUCCAGAGUUGAACAAAAAACUAUCCGAUCUAGAACUUAGGGUUCUGGAUAUUCUCGGAACCAUUUUCUUUGAAGGAUGUGGGAACAAAGAAGUUGCGCUUGAGCACUUAGAACAGAAUAGAUCAACAGAAAUGCUUCAGACUGGACAAGAAAAUUCUCCUAAAAGUUUUAUGUUUGACACAGCACAAGGGAAGGCAUAUUAUAGCUCAUCAGCAUCAUGUUCAACCAUUGGUAUUCACGUGAGACUUUUCAAUUAG